AUGGACCAUCAGCCUCACUUGCAGGUUCUCUUGAACCCUCCGGUCGAGAUGCAGCCGUCAGUCGUUGCCGCGCAGGUGGGCCUCGCCUCGGCCGCACGAACCCUCCAACCGUGGACGUAUUCGCCGCUGCCGGUCGGGGCCGUCAAGCCCGGGGGGUGGCUGCUCGGUGAGAUGCAAGCCAUGGCCGAUGGCCUCGCCGGGCACGAACACGACUUUUACGUCUACGUCAACGAGUCGAGCUGGCUCAACAAGCCGGGGUCCGGGGGCGCCGAGUACAGCACGCUCAACGAGGGGCUGCCGUACUGGUUCAACUCGCUCGUGCCCCUGGCGUACACGCUCGACGACGACAGGCUCAAGGCGCAGGUCCACGAGGUCGCCUCGACCGUGCUGGGCCACCAGGCGCCCGACGGCUGGAUCGGGCCCGAGGUCGGCGACGCGCGCAACUUUUGGGCGCGCACGCCCUUGUUCCUCGGGCUGGCGCAGCUCGUCGAGGCCAACGCGACGUGGGAGCAGCCGGUGCUCGACGGCCUCGGCCGCUUCAUGACGCUCACCAACAGGAUGCUCAAGAACGACAGCCAGGGCUUCGCAAAGUGCGCCGCGGACGUCGACUGCUCGUGGGGGCAGGCGAGGGUGCACGACACCAUGAUUACGAUCCAGUGGCUGCUGGAGCGCUACCCGUCGAAGCAGGACGCCGUGCUCUGGGAGAACAUGGACCUGUUUUGGGCGCAGAGCAAUUUCAGAUGGGACAAGUGGUACACGGAGGGCACGUUUCAAAAGGUUUCCAACACGACCGACGGCUCCAUCUGGCCGUACCUCCACGGCGUCAACGUCGGGCAGGGCCUCAAGGCACCCAGCGUCGCGUAUCGCGUCAACGGGAGCCACGACAUGGUGCAAAAGAGCCACGACGCCGUCGACUGGACGUUCAAGUACCACGGCUCAGCGUCCGGCACCGUCCUCGCCGACGAGGGAGAGCACCACCUGGCGCCGUACAUGGGCAGCGAGCUCUGCACGGCCGUCGAGACGGCGUACUCGCUGGCCUACAUGUUCCAGGUCCUCGGGCGCAACGACUUUGCCGACCGCGCCGAGCGAGCCAUCUUCAACGCCUUUCCGGUCAUGAUGACGGGCGACAAGUGGGCGCACCAGUACAUGGCGCAGCCGAACCAGCCGCACGCCAUCAACACGACGGCACAGGACGGCCAUGUGCCGCCCGUCUUCACCUCGGCCAACAGCGGCAUGGCGACCAUCUUUGGCAUGGAGCCGCAGUACCCGUGUUGCACCGUCAACCACCCGCAGGGGUAUCCCAAGUUUGUGUCCAACAGCUGGGUCGCCGUCGGCAAGACGGGGCUCGGCCACGCGCUGCUCAGCCCGUCGACGGUCUCGACGCGGGUCAACGGUGGUGCCGUGACGAUCGCCUGCGACACGGCGUAUCCAUUCGAGGAUGAGCUUCAGUACACGAUUGAGGCGGAAAAGGCGUUUGAUCUGUUUCUCCGCGUGCCUGACUGGGCGCGCUCGUCGAGCACCUCGCAGCCGUCGGCGAUGGACUCCAAGACCUCCAUGCGCAAGGUCCACGUCAAGGCCGGCAAGACCAAGCUCAAGUACAUGCUCGACGCGCAGAUCCGCACCGAGGCCCGCUCCAACAACACCGUGGCCGUCUUCCACGGCAGUCUGCUGUACGCGCUGGAGCUGAGCACCACGCAGACGUCGUCGUAUCCGCACGCGUGGUCGGACACCAAGGGCCCGGGGCUGGACAACCUGCCGUUCCCGCAGCUGCGCGACUACUACAUUGACAGCACGAGCGCGUGGAACGUCGCCAUCGAUCCGUCGACGCUCACGUACCACGGCUCGAGGGGCGGCCUCAGGAACCCCAUCUUUGCGCAGGGCGCGCCGUCCAACUACAUGACCGUCGACGGCUGCGAGAUUGAGUGGCCGCUGUACCUGGGCGUGACGCCGGACUGGGCGCCCGUGGACCGUACGUGCAAGGGGCGGCGCACGUCGUACAGGCUGAUUCCGUACGGGGCGGCCAAGGUGCACAUGUCGGACCUGCCGGUCAAGAAGUUUCACUGA